ACACGUUAUUUUCAGCGGCAACCUUUCGUCUCCGAUCUUCCACACGGGACGUGAACGCAGCAUGUGUUGAGACAGCGGAGACUGAGUGGACAGGAUGAGCACCGGCAGCUAGCAUCUGGUCUGCGGCUCAGCAUCAACAGCAGCAGCGUUCUUGUGGAGCUCCAUGACAGACCCACUGAAAGCCUCCUAAGCAGAAAACCACAGAAGAAGUGACAGGAAAGAAGGAUGGACUCCAUCUCCAUGAUGGGCAGCAGCAGGGGCCCUGUGUUCCUCACAGCCCCAUCCUCCCAACACCCCCGACACAAACAGACCUCUUUUCUACCAAAUGGAACAAAGAGCGGCGAUGGAGAUGCAGAGACUGCCUGUCUACCUGCCCAGCCCACAGUGGCCAUCCUGGGCUCAGGUGACUUCUCCAAGUGCCUGACCAUCCGCCUACUGCGCUGUGGCUUCCAUGUGGUGGUGGGCAGCCGCCAUCCCAAGCUGGCAGCCCAGUCAUUUCCUCAUGUAGUGGAUGUGACACACCAUGAAGACGCUGUGGGGAAGGCCAGCAUUGUGUUCCUGGCAAUCCGCCGUGAGCACUACUCUAUCCUGUGGGACCUCAAGCAUCUACUGGAAGGCAAGAUCCUGGUCGAUGUGAGUAACAACAGGAGGGUGAACCAGUAUCCAGAGUCUAAUGCUGAGUAUCUGGCUUCACUGCUGCCAGACUCCAUUGCGGUCAAAGGCUUCAACGUCAUCUCAGCUUGGGCCAUGCAACAGAGCUGCCCCAAAGAUGCAAGCACACAGGUGUUCAUCUGCAGUGACUCUGUGGAGGCUCGACAGCAGGUUAUGGAACUAGCUCGCCAGCUUAACUUCCUGCCGGUGGAUAUGGGCACCCUGUCUUCUUCGAGGGACAUUGAGAACAUUCCCAUACGGUUAUUUCCUGGCUGGAAGGGCCCCGUCCUUGCUGCCGUGGCCCUCUCCAUCUUCUUUUUUUCAUACUCUUUUAUACGAGAUAUUAUCCACCCGUAUGUGAAAUACAAGCAGAGUGACUUCUACAAGAUCCCCAUAGAGAUGGUGAAUCGAACACUGCCCACUGUUGCCAUUACUCUCUUGGCCCUGGUGUACCUGGCAGGCCAGCUGGCAGCCGCCCACCAGCUUUACUAUGGUACCAAGUAUAGGCAUUUCCCACACUGGCUGGAGGGCUGGCUGCAGAGCCGGAAACAGCUGGGCCUCCUCAGCUUCUUCCUGGCUGCUGUCCACGUACUUUACAGCCUCUGUCUGCCCAUGAGGAGGUCCGAGAGGUACCUGCUGCUCAACACUGCCUACCAGCAGGUCCAUGCUAAUGUGGAGAAUGCGUGGAAUGAGGAGGAGGUGUGGAGGGUGGAGAUGUACGUUUCCUUUGGGAUCAUGAGUCUUGGGCUCCUGUCGCUUCUGGCCAUCACCUCAAUUCCCUCUGUCCACAGCACACUCAACUGGAGGGAGUUCAGCUUCAUACAGUCCACUCUGGGCUACAUUGCUCUACUUAUUGCUACCUUCCACGGCUUGCUGUUUGGCUGGAAGCGAGCCUUUGAGGAGGAAGCCUACCGUUUCUACCUGCCCCGCUUUGUGGUGGCCCUGGCCCUGCCAGUGUGUGUUAUAAUGGGGAAGGUGCUGAUGCUGCUGCCCUGUGUGGCCCGCAAGCUCCACCAAAUCCGCCAAAUCCGCCGGGGCCUGGACAGCAGUCACUACCGAUGCCAGCGCCUGGAGCCAGUGGGCUCAGCUGCACACGUUUCACCUGAGAGAAUCACCAUCAUGUGA